ACAUUGAUACCCCAUUUCGAAGAGUGAAUUUUGUCGAAUGUGACCUUUGGAUUAUUACACCACUUUCUUCUUCUCCUUCUUCUUCUUCCACUUCCAUACUAGAAAGAAUAUUUACACCCAUACCCACUACUGGUGAUUAUUCAUUUCAACCCCUCCCAACCCAUUACUCCAUUUUCUGGAUCUCACUCUCUCACUUUUUCUUUUGAUUUCUCACUAUAAUACACUCGCUCCUUCACUCCAUAUUGAGAGUGAGAGAGAUGUCGAGGCGAUCUGGGACUUGCUUGAGGUGUUGUCUAGUGGUUUUUGCAGUGGUUUCGGCUCUUGCUGUGUGUGGUCCGGCUUUGUAUUGGAGGUUCAAGAAGGGUAUGAGCGUUGGGGAUGAAAAAACCUCUUGUGCUCCUUGCGUUUGUGACUGCCCUCCUCCAUUGUCGCUUCUCAAGAUUGCUCCUGGUUUAGCUAAUCUCUCAAUCUCAGAUUGUGGAAGUAAUGACCCGGAACUAAAGCAGGAGAUGGAAAAGCAAUUUGUGGACCUUCUGACGGAGGAGUUGAAGCUGCAAGAGGCUGUUGCCGAGGAACACAACCGUCACAUGAAUGUCACAUUUGCUGAAGCGAAAAGGAUAGCUUCUCAGUACCAAAAGGAAGCAGAAAAAUGCAAUGCUGCGACAGAAACCUGCGAGGGGGCCAGAGAGCGUUCCGAAGCAUUGCUCAUCAAGGAGAGAAAGGUAACUUCCACAUGGGAACGGCGUGCACGCCAAUUGGGUUGGGAAGGGGAAUAAGUUUUCUUCAAGUUUGACUACAAAUUUUUCAGUUCAAUAUUUAUACAUGCAGACAACCAAGCCAAUUGCUUGGAUUCUUACCUUGCUAAGCUAAGCCACAAUUUCCUUCUAUCUUUUUCUCUCUCUUGUCCCACAAAUUUAGUUGAAUUGUUCACAGAUAGCAUGUAUGAUCGGAUUUUUACUCUGUAAAAGGAAUGCUAUGGAUCUAUAUUUAUUAUAAUGAUAUGAUGUGAUUAUGUUUUGGUGCA